AUGCCGUCUCAUGUGCAGCACUUCCUCAACGCUGUUUCGACGCUUUCAUUUCUAUGCUUCGUCGUCCUCGUUGCCGUGUCUCUCGCCGACCCUCGAAACCAGACAGAUGGCUUGCUCUUGAUCGAGAUUGGCGAUCUGAACACCACCGCAGUCAAUAGGACCACGACAGUAGGCGGCUUACGGCACCGUGAAGUCUUGGAUAGAGCGGAAAGCAUCAAUAAUCUCCUCGAGACGAUGCUCCCAGCGGCUGAGCCGCGCGCCCGGGACACUACGGGAGAGGUCGCCACUUCAGUAGCUACGUCAGCCACUGCAUCAGUAGCUGGCGGCACCAACGAGACGACGGCCGGCAUCAUGAGCGCUGUUCCCAGGAAUUACUCGCUGGGCACACAGAGAUUUUGUGCAGGCUAUGCGGCUGGCCGCUUGUGCGGUGCUCUGCCUCCGCGGCUGACCCAACUGCUUCCCCAGGCCCUUGCCAGUAGACGCCCAGACGUCUUCAACGCGACGGUCCUUGUCGAUGAAGCUCUGUCCGUUGCGCAGUCUGCGGCCCUUGUACAGGGCCCUGUGGUUCUGGGCUUAGUUGUCCUGGCUGUGCCUCUGCUCGUUCUGCUCGUUUCUUCAUACGAGUGGCCCCUCAAGGUGAGAAGAGCCCUCGAGUCUAGAAGACAUCAUGUGUUUCUUGCAUUAUGGCUCUUCGCUAUGAGUGGUCUGGCAUUAGCGGCUGGUCCUGUUAUCGCAGUCGUGAUCAUGCAGUCUAGGCUUCGUAGUGUUCCGGAGUGGAUCACAGUGCAUCCCGGACGUGCGGGGGAUGCUCUCAUCGCAGGCAUGAGCUGUGCAGUGGUGUCUGUGGCUACAAACCAGACACUGUGGAGACACACAUGGAACCGUGAAAAGUACAAAUUAGUAGACUAG